UUUGCAUAUGCAAGCUCAGUCACGUACAAGCUUUAAUUCCAUCCAGUUAAUUAUUCCCUUAUUCUUCAUCAUCAAUAUCAGUCAUGGGUGUUUUCACUUUCGAACACGAGACGACUUCAGCCAUUUCCCCAGCUAAGCUAUUCCAGGCACUUAUUCUUGACGCUGAUAAUCUCAUCCCUAAGGUCGUGCCUCAGGCCAUCGCCAGCUCUGAAAUCCUUCAAGGCGAUGGUGGUGCUGGUACUAUCAAGAAGAUCACCUUUGGCCCAGGAAGCCCGUACAAGAAUGUGACGCACAAGGUGGAGGCUGUGGACAAGGAAAGCUUUGUGUACAGUUACAGUGUGAUAGAGGGAGAUGCAUUAGCGGACAAGUACGAGAAGAUAACGUACGAGACCAAGUUAGAGGCAUCUGAUAAUGGAGGAUGUGUGAUUAAGGGUUCGAGCAAGUACGUGACCAAAGGUGACGAUAGUAUUCAAGUGGAUGAAGCAGACGUCAAGGCUAACAGAGACAAGGCUUCGGGCCUGCUUAAGGCUGUGGAAGCCUACCUGUUGGCAAAUCCUGGCCUCUACAACUAGACCCAUUUAAACAAGUCAAUCUCCACCAUCUCAUGACUCAUAUCAUAUCUCUUAAUUGUUUUUCAUAUAUAUUUCUGAGUUUUUUUUGCCUUUCUAAGUUCAUUCCGUGUGAUUGUGAUAUGUUUGUUAAAUUAAGAUUGAGAUGCCUGUUGUUGGGCCUCUCUUUCUCUGGA